AUGUCCGAGAACGAAGCCGAGGAGGAAGAAACUGAGGAGGAAGGUGAAGAAGACGCCGAGGAAGAGGACAACGGGGUAGAACACCCUGUCAAAGACGAAACCCCCAAAACCCGACCUACACAAGAAGAGGAGAAAAUCCCUGCGGAAAGAACUGAAGCGGAGCGUGCUAUGCUUGCUGCAAAGGAACGCCAUGAUAAAGAAGAAGCCGCGAGAAUGCAAGAAUACGAAGAGAAGCGCCGAGCUGAAAGAGAGAGAAUCGAUGAAGAACUGCGUGAACUGAAAGAAAAGCAGGAAAAGAGACGUCUU